AUGAUUUUAUUAAAGAAUAAAUCAUUUCCAAUUUUUGACAUGCUGAAAAUUGAAGAAAGUAUUAUGAGAUGUGACCCAUGCAGAGAGAAUGUCUAUAUUUUCACAAAUGAAGGAAAUGUUAACAAGAGCAUUGUGGUUGGAUCGAGUGGAGAUGUUGAAAAAUUAGUCUACACAGACAAUACACUCCGGGAUGACAUUCCAAUUAUUAAGAGAUUUUCUGGAGGUGGAACAGUUUUGGUGGAUAAUAAUACAGUUUUUGUUUCAAUUGUUGGAAAGAAUGAUGAUUCUCUUCAAUAUAAAGCCUAUCCAGAGGAAAUUAUGAAUUGGAGUUAUGGAUUCUACAAACCAGUUUUUUCUCAUCCAGACUUGAAUUUCCAAUUGAGAGAGAAUGAUUAUAUUUUCUUUGGAGGAAAAAAGUUUGGAGGAAAUGCUCAAUAUAUUACCGGAGGUAAAUCUCAGAGAUGGGUCCACCACACUUCAUUCUUAUGGGAUAUGAAUAGUGAAAAUAUGGAAAAGUAUCUGAAAAUGCCACAGAAGAAACCUCAAUACAGGUCCUCAAGAUCUCACACUGAUUUUCUCGUAACUCUCAGGGAUAGUUUCUCCAAGUGUGAC